CUGAAGCAAGUCCGAGAGCUCGCACACAGGCGUCCCGUUUGCAAGUGUCCAAGGAGACCGCCAGAAGUGCACCAGUCGGAGUCUGAGAGUUCCCUUCUGGCCGAGAGGGGGAGCCCGGCGUUCCCAGCCGGGAGCGACCCGGAGUCCCAAGCCUCGAGCCCCAGCCGCCGCCAGUUUUAGCUUCAGCCGGUUAGGAAGAGGAGGGAGGGGGCAGAGAGCGCGAAGAGGGAGGGGACCCGGGCCGAAGGGUCCCGAGUCCAGCACCGUGUUGACGUCGAAAAACUUUCCCUCUCGGCCGCGGAAACGGCGCCCCGGCCGCGUAGGACCGGAGACCGCCCGGCUCCGAGGACGCGGCAGCUCUCCACGCCCCUGCCCGAAGCCUGACCCGACUGCAUCGGUCCGUAAGUUAUGUGUGAUUCCUUCCGAUAGAGGAGAGAAAGUGAUUGAGGAACUCAAACGGCAACUGUAUGAUUGAAACUGUUCAAAGUCAAGCGUCUGCAUAUUCUUUCAACUAUAUUCAAAUACUCCCAGGAUAUAAAGUGUGAUUGAACUGAACGUCUGUUUGGCUGAUCAUCAUGAACCGUGCUUUUAGCAGGAAGAAAGACAAAACAUGGAUGCAUACGCCUGAAGCUUUAUCAAAACAUUACAUUCCCUAUAAUGCAAAGUUUCUUGGCAGUACGGAAGUGGAGCAGCCUAAAGGAACAGAAGUUGUGAGAGAUGCUGUCAGGAAACUCAAGUUUGCAAGACAUAUCAAGAAAUCUGAAGGCCAGAAAAUUCCUAAAGUUGAGCUGCAAAUAUCAAUAUAUGGAGUAAAAAUUCUAGAACCGAAAACAAAGGAAGUCCAACACAAUUGCCAGCUUCAUAGAAUAUCAUUUUGUGCAGAUGACAAAACUGACAAGAGGAUAUUCACUUUCAUAUGCAAAGAUUCUGAGUCAAAUAAACAUUUGUGCUAUGUAUUUGACAGCGAAAAGUGUGCUGAAGAAAUAACUUUAACAAUUGGCCAAGCAUUUGACCUGGCAUACAGGAAAUUUCUAGAAUCUGGAGGAAAAGAUGUUGAAACAAGGAAACAGAUUGCAGGAUUACAGAAAAGAAGCAGCAGAAGCAGCAGAUGCUGGAUUCAAGACUUAGAAACCGAAAAUAUGGAACUUAAAAACAAAGUACAAGAUUUGGAAAGCCAGUUAAGAAUAACCCAAGUAUCAACAUCUCCACUGCUGCACAAAAUGUCUGAUCAUGAGCAACAUGGGUUUCAGAGAUGCUCAUCUUUCUGGCGUAGUAGUGAUGAUUCCUCUUCCUGUCUAAAUAUUUCUUCCAUUACUGUCACUCCUGUCAACUCGCCUGAUUCCAGACUGUCAUUGGGACUGUUAAUACCACCACCUUCUAAAUGUGGCCUUCCCAAGCCAAUCAGUGAGAGCAGCAUCCCAAGACCUCAUGCGGGCAGUGUGACACCUAAGUCACCCUCCACUGACAUCUUUGAUAUGAUACCAUUUUCUCCGAUAUCACACCCAGCUUCGAUGCCUACUCGCAAUGGCACACAGCCACCUCCAAUACCUAGUAGAUCUACUGAGAUUAAACGGGACCUGUUUGGAGCAGAACCUUUUGACCCAUUUAACUGUGGCGCAGGGGAUUUUCCUCCAGAUAUUCAAUCAAAAUUAGAUGAAAUGCAGGAGGGGUUCAAAAUGGGACUAACUCUUGAAGGCACAGUAUUUUGUCUCGACCCAUUAGACAGCAGGUGCUGAUGUCAAGAACAAGAGAUCCAGAUUUGUGUUAAAUUUGUUGUAUAUGCAUAUACAUCACUCCUUAUUACGUUAUGACAGGUAGUAUAUGUGUGCCAAUAUAUUUUUGAAGAUCUUAACUUUUUGCAAAUUAUUUUAGUAAAAUGUCCUUCACUAUUGAUCUAUAAUGUUUAUUUUAAAAACAACUCACUGUAUAGUAAAUCAUACUUUUAUGUUCCUUUCUGUUUCUCUUGUAGAUGAAUUUAUGAUCAAAAAACAAAUUAUCCAAAUAUCUGUCUUGUGUCUGAGUUCUGAAUAAUUAGUAUCUUGAAAUUUGUGUUCAUUUUCCAGGCUGCUAGUUUAUUAUUGAUUCCCAAAAGCCAUACCUUGAUGAUACCUUUCAAAGUCUUGAGGAGAUAUGCCAAUGCCAAACUAAAUAUGUUCUAUAUUCAAACCAAUAAGCAUGUUACCUACCAUCCAUUAGACAUAUGUUAUUUUAUGUGUUAAAUGUUGUUCAUAUCAUUGGCAAAAUGUAGACUUUGACUAUAAUGCCACUAGGUCAUUUUUAGCAGGUAAAAUAGCAAAAAUAUAAUUUCCAAUAAUAAUUAAACCAAAUAAUUAGAGUAUUUAUUAGUAAAAGCAAAGUAAUAAUGUUAGCUAUUAUUAUCAUUUAUACUCUAAAUCUUUUCUUUAUUUCAUAAAUAAGGAUAAUGGAAAAAAAAAUCUGCUCAUUACAAAACACUUAAAAUUUAAUUUCUAAUGAGAUAAGUUAUAUUGCUAAACAUCUAAACAUCAUCUGGUCUAGUAUUUUCUAAAAAAAAUUUGGAAUAUAUGCUGUCUAUAGUUGCAAUGUCUAUUACCCACAUUUACUUUACCAAAUAUAUUUUUUCUCACUGAAUGAUAUUAUUCUCAUAUUUUCUCCUUUGGUAAAUAUUUUCUCACCAAAUUUUAUUUUGUGAUGCCCCCUUAGUUUUGAUACUUUAAAAUCUGUAACAAUUAUUCUUUAUGAAUCAUCAGUAUUAUUUAGCAAUUUUAAUUUGUAUUUGUUUUUGUUGAAGUCAGAAUCUCAUUCUUUACAAAAAUCAAGUGGCUUCUCAGUUUGGGCUAACACGAACUAUAAAAUUUUCUUGUACUUAAUUCAUAAUGUGCUAUGAACUCUGACCUUUAAAAAUGUUUAUUUUUCUACCUUGCCCAUUAUGUAAACAGACUUUAAUUUGUACUCAGUGCAAGAGAAUUUAUGGUUAAAAUUUAUAAUUUGGUUCAUUGCAUCAUAAGAAAAAUAGAUUAAAUUAAUGAAAAUGUGAGUUUAGAUUAGGGGUAGAUCUCAAAAUAGAUUUUUCUUUUACUCAUGGGAAUUUUUGUCAAGUGCUAAAGGUACAUAUUCACUAGGAAAAGAAAUCAAAUAUGCUUAUGCAAUAUUAUCUUUGUAUGUAUAUUCAUAAUGUUCUAUGGUAUAUAUAAGCCUUCUUAGGUGUUUUCUGUUAUCUGCUAAGUUGUACCUUAAUUAGAGGUUAGUAUAUGUUUCAUAAAGAAGAAUCUUUAUAAUUUUGUUUGUCAUAUAGUAUUUUGGAAUUUGUAUAAUGAUGUUUAGAAGCCAUAUGAAUGGCUUUUUUUUAACAGAUAGAAUUUGUAUUUUUAUUGUACUUUAAAAGCUUUAUGUAAUAGGUAUCUAUUCAGUGGCCAUUUAUUACCAAUGGUAACACAGUAGAGUACUAAGAUGGUAUUUGCACACUUAAGAUAUGUUACUUUACCAAUUUUUAAUGGUAAUCAGUUCUGCUACUGGCAUGACUAAAUAGUACAUAAUUGGUCAUUAAUUAUGAACCUUUAUUUCACCAGUGCAUUUUUAUGAAGAUCCAGUUGAAAAAUGGUAUUUCUAUGUAAACUCAGUGAUAUGUUUGAUUUUGCUGAGAAUAAAUGAUUUUAAAUAAA